UGGCUUAUAGUUUCGGGGUCGACUCUGGAUUCCAUACCAUAGAUUACAAAUUCGGAAAGGAUGCGCGGUUUCAUGGCAUGGCAUCUUACUAAAUUGGAAGUUGAAAGAAACUAAAGACCGAGCGAGAGACAAAACACAACCAUAUUUUUUCUUUUUUCUUUUUUAAAAUUCUUUUUUUGGGUGAAUAACAAAAACACGACCAUUGAAAAGCUCAGAAUAAUAUAGCUUUCUCAUCCUUCUUUGUGAAACUUGAACCAUGAUAUAAUAGGAGGCCCCCUUCUUUUCUAUUUUUCUGUUAAGAAAAUCGAGUAAUUAUAUAUAUAUAUAUAUAUAUAAUAUUUAUUUAUAUAAGCAGGUAUAUUAAAUUGCCCCAUUCAUCCAUCUAAAGCAGUAACCAUUUCUUUCCCCCCAAAUUAUAGAGAAAGAGAGAGAGAGAGAGAGAGAGAGAGAGAAACAUCGCUUUUAGAUAAAAAGGAGAGGGUUUUAAACACACAGAGAGAUAUAGAGAGCUGCUUUGACCUGGGUUUGGUUAUUCUUUCGAUCACAACGACGACUGAUCGAUUUUUGGAGAAAAUAAUAAAUUUAAAGAAGAAAAGAUUUGGGAUUGUUAAAAGCGAGCAAGAGGAAGAGCGGGUUUCGAAAAAGAAUGAGUAAAGAUGACGAUAAGGAAGAAAAGGGCUGCUCAAAAUCAAGAGCGAUGUUAUCAGGGUCAGGGUCAGGGUCAUACGGGUGGUUGGCGAACUUUCACCGUGAUCUUUUGGCAGGGGCGUUGAUGGGUGGGGUGGUGCACACGAUUGUUGCCCCAAUUGAGCGAGCAAAGCUUUUGCUGCAGACCCAAGAGAGCAACAUCGCCAUUGUUGCAGGGGGUCGUAGAAGAUUCCAAGGCAUGUUUGAUUGUAUCCUCCGCACCGUCAAAGAAGAAGGCAUUCUCUCUCUCUGGAGAGGCAAUGGCAGCAGUGUUCUUCGCUAUUACCCUUCCGUCGCCCUUAAUUUCUCCCUCAAGGAUCUUUAUCGAAACAUGUUAAGAAGUGGCAACCUGCAGGAGAGUAAUUUUCUGUCUGGUGCAUCUGCUAAUUUCAUUGCUGGAGCCGCAGCUGGUUGUACAACAUUGGUUUUAAUAUACCCACUUGAUAUUGCCCAUACUCGCCUUGCUGCUGAUAUUGGAAGAACUGAUGUCCGUCAAUUUCGAGGCAUCUACCACUUCCUGGCCACCAUAUUUGAAAAAGAUGGGUUUCGAGGAAUCUACAGAGGAUUACCAGCGUCUCUACAGGGGAUGGUUGUUCACCGCGGCCUUUACUUUGGAGGUUUUGAUACAAUGAAAGAGAUUUUGUCAGAAGAAUCUGAAACUGAAUUGGCAUUGUGGAAGCGUUGGAUGGUUGCUCAGGCAGUGACUACAUCCGCUGGGUUAUUGUCAUAUCCAUUGGAUACAGUUCGGAGGCGUAUGAUGAUGCAAUCGGGGAUGGAACGGCCAAUGUACCAUGGUACUCUGGACUGCUGGAAGAAGAUAUACAGGAUGGAGGGGAUGGCUUCAUUUUAUCGUGGUGCAGUAUCAAAUAUGUUUAGGAGUACAGGUGCUGCUGCCAUAUUGGUUCUGUACGACGAGAUCAAGAAGUUCAUGCACUGGGGUGGAUUGUAACAGGAAAUCAUUAGUUUUGGGCGUUCCACUGUUUCACCUUAUUAACAGGAGGGUUAGAUUAGACCAAAGAUGACGCGAGGAUUAAAAGCAAAUAGAAGAUUUUGUAAAGUUCAAUUGAUUUUGUUAUACAUGACAUUCAUUUUGCCAUGUUGCUGUUGGAGGCUCGGGCACUUAACACCUCGAUUUUUUGUGAAAGAAUAAAAAGAGAAAAUAAUAAUAAUAAUAAAAGGGUAUAAUUUCAUUGGUAUA